AUGGACUACGAUAGAUGGGUGGCGAUGGGAGAACGAAUGGGCUUUUCAGGUUCUGAGCUUAGUGAUUAUGUGGAUAGAAAAGAGAAGGAAUAUACUGAACGAGAAGAGCGUAUGUUGAGACGAGAUGCGGAAAGGCGGCAUCAUGAUGAUGAACAACCUGUGUCAUUAGAUGACAGAAAGGUAAAAGACAACAUAGAAGAUGGAUGGCUUAAGUUAGGAGAUGGACAAUCUGUUUCGGUCAUAGCAAGCACCUGUACCAUUGAUUCAACAACCGGUGAAAGAAACUUGGUGUUGAAGAUAGGAUAUAUAGGGGAUAAAGAAGUUCAAGUUUUGAGAGAUACAGGUUGUGAGUUGGCAGCUGUUAGGAAAGAUUUCGUAUCAGAGAAUCAAAUGUUAGAUAAGAAGUAUCUUAUGGUUGCAAUUGAUGGACGAACAAGGAUAGUUCCUUCAGCAAGGAUACAAGUUGACACACCAUAUUAUACAGGAGAAGUUGAAGUCAUGGUUUUGACAACUUUGAUCUGCGAUUUAGUUAUUGGAAAUAUCAAAGGGGCUUCUGAUAGACCAGACAUUAACUGGAGUAAAAAAGGAAAUCGGUAUAUUCUUACCGUGGUCGACUAUGCCACAAGAUAUCCUGAGGCAGUUGCAUUACCUAGGAUUGAGACAGAACGGGUAGCUGAAGCUUUGCUAGAUAUAUUUUCUAGAGUAGGAUUUCCAUCCGAAAUCUUGAGUGACAGGGGAAGUCAGUUUACCUCACAGCUGAUGGAAGAAGUUUACUGGGAUAGAUAUUUGUCAGCCGUAUUGUUUGCAUAUCGAGAGGUUCCACAGGCAAGUACCGGAUUCUCACCAUUUGAACUACUCUAUGGUAGGACAGUCAGAGGACCUAUGCAAAUACUUAAAGAACUUUGGACUGAAGCUGAAACACCAGAAACAAGAAACACAUAUGAAUAUGUAUUAGACUUACGGAAUCGGCUGGAGGAAACAUGUAAGGUAGCUAGAGAAAGUCUUCAUGUAGCACAAGAAACGUACAAACACCAUUAUGACAAGAGUGCCAGAAACAGAAAUUUGAAGAUCGGUGAUAAAGUACUAUUACUUUUACCAACUAAUCACAAUAAGUUGAUGCUCCAGUGGAAAGGACCUUAUGAAGUAGUAGAUGUGGUCAAUAAAAUGGAUUAUAAAGUAAAGGUCGGUGACAAAAUAGGACUUUACCAUAUCAAUUUACUCAAAAAGUACGAAGAAAGACAAGAUACUUUUGCAGGAAGUGUCGCCGUGAUCGAGGCCAAGGUUAGUACAGAGACAGGGGUAGUUGAUGACGAAAAUUUGCUCGAUCUUGUCAGAAUAGGAGGAUCGGAAACAUAUAAAGAUGUAAAAAUCAAUCCUCAGUUAUCCAAAGACCAAAUAACUCAAAUAAAAUCUCUUGUGAAACAAUAUCAAGAAAUUUUUACAGAAAGUCCUGGAACUACAAAUCUCGCAGAACAUAAGGUCGAACUUACCACCACGGAACCUGUUAGAGUCAGACAAUACCCAAUACCAUAUGCAAAACGAAAUGAGGUUAACCAAGAGGUUCAACACAUGUUAAAGGCUGGUAUCAUCGAGCCUGCCACCUCUGCAUACAAUUCCCCUAUCGUUAUGGUAAAAAAAAAAGACAAUACAAACAGAUUUUGUAUCGAUUUUAGACGUUUGAAUUCUGUAACGAAAUUUGAUACAGAGCCAAUGGGAAAUGAUGAAGAUAUUCGGUCAAAACUUCAUGGGGAUAAGUUCUUCACAAAAUUAGACAUCAGCAAAGGUUACUGGCAGAUUCCUGUCGAGAAGCAAUCUAGGCACUUGACAGCAUUCACAACACCUGAGGGAAGUUUUCAGUUCCAGAAAAUGCCAUUUGGUAUGAUCAAUUCAGGUGCUACAUUUAAUAAAAUGAUGCGAAAAUUACUUACAGGAUGCAAACAUGCUGACAAUUACGUGGACGAUAUUUUAGGUCACACAAUGACAUGGGACACACAUAUGUCAAUGUUACAAGAUAUUUUUAAGAGAGUUAGGGAUGCAAAUCUUACAUUAAGACCAUCAAAGUGUCUAAUAGGAUAUAGUAAUAUUUCAUUUACUGGACAUAAAGUCGGAAACGAUCAGCUGGAAAUGGAAGAUGAUAAACUAGAUCGCAUAAGGAAUGCUGACGAACCUAAGACUAAGAGACAAGUACGGAGCUUCCUUGGUCUAACAGGAUAUUAUAGAAAAUUCAUAGCAUCGUACUCUGAAGUUGCAGCACCCCUGACCGACUUAAUCAAGAAAGGAAAACCUAAUAACGUCGUAUGGGAAGAACAACAUGCCAAAGCUUUUAAUACUUUGAAAACCUUGCUUACACAAGCACCUAUUCUACGGUUACCAGACUUUUCACGACCUUUUAUAUUACAAUGCGAUGCUUCAGAUACUGGGGUUGGAGCAGCACUUCUUCAGAGGUAUGAAGAUGGACAAUUUCCCAUAGCAUAUGCCAGUAAGAAAUUGCUCCAGAGAGAGAGGAACUAUUCGUUAGUCAUCAUUGAUUUAGUCUCCCAGUAA